AUGGUGAUCUUCACGUGUUCUGGGCAGCAUGCUCCUGUCAACAGUGGCCAGGUGAGUGAUUAAAAUGUGCAGACUUCUGGGGAGGCUAGUGAAUACAAACAGUAAGUUGUGGGAUUGGAAAGGAAAUAGCAGACUUAAUUUCCUCAGAGCUCUUUUCUCCAUAACUUAGAAAUGUGAGGUGGUCAAACAUCAACACACACAUAAAAUAGUAUGCUUGACUCUACGUCUCUGGUAUGCUGUGACAAAUGACCUAUGGCACUCCAACCGCCCACAGCAAAUAUGCUAGCAUACUAGUCUUUGCCUCAGGACUAGAAGUGUCCCUCCUAAUCUUUUGAAGGUUCCAAGGUGCUUUGAAAAAUCACAUUAAGUAUGAAACCAGUGUGCCAUUGGCACACUAUCUUCGUGUCACACAGAGUCUUAGUAAUUACCACAUGGAUCAAGUGGCAACACUAGCUUCUAUUUCUUAAAUGGGACUAUUCACAAACCAUAUUUCAUAAAUCUCAACAUUCAUACUUUUUUAAAUGUUGCUUACUUGUCCAUCUUGACAAACUUAAGAUGGCACAGCCUCACUUUUGGUUUCAAAUAAGGGCAAAUUUCACAAUGCAAGUCCUCCUUGGUAAGAAUUUACAUCAGCAGGAUGAAAUAUUUCCCUUCGGGUACAUGUCACUUCUACCACUGCUCAUAUAUGUCUUAUGGACACUGGUCUAAAAAAAGUGCAGAUCUCAAACAUGUAGAACUCCACUAUGUUGUUGCAUUUUAGCUACUCUAAACCUAAAUACAUUUUGCUGCACAAUACUGUAGAUUGCAUAUUUACUAUGCAUAUUAAAUAUUCUAUAAUCUGCUACUUGUGACUUUCUCCCCAUAACAGUUUGACUUUUAUGGUUGGAUGCCCAAUGGUCCCUCAUCUAUGAGGAAGCCACCUCCUUCCGGGAAAGGGGCAACUUAUCAAAUCAUCUUGGAUACCUUACCUGAAGUCAAUACAACUACCCUGGCCAUGGCUACUGUGUGGCUGCUCAGCCAUGAACCAGAGUACAAGGUGGGUAUUCUGAAUAAUUCUGUGUAUUCUGAAUCAUCACUCUCAUGGCUUAUCUGGAUGGAUUUCAUGAAAUCUCUUCUCCAGGGUUUCCCAUGCAUAGGGUGGGAAGCAAAGAGCUGGAUGUAACUAACACUUCUAGUUAAAAUGCUUUCAUAUUAACUUGUGAAAACCUGUCAAAUCCCAAUCCCUUAAUAUUACUUGGCUUCACCAACCAGGCUGCUCAGCUAGGAACCGGAGGACAAGGUGGGUAUUCUGAGGACCUCUGAGCACUGUUCCGAAUCAUCAAUAUCUCAUGGCUUAUCUGAAUAGGUUCCAUGAAUCUCUUCUCCAGGUUUUAUCAAUCCAUUCACUUAAGUACACCAUGCAUUGGGGGGUAAAGCAAAAAGCAGGGUAAAUCUGAUACAUGAGUAGUUGACAUCCAUUCAUAUCAACCUGCAGAUAAUCUCUUGACAAAGUAACUUGUCAAAACGUCCACACGGAGUACAGCUAACCUGUGACUGUAUAAUGGUACAAUAACUAUUUUUAAUUAAUACUUAAUCCUAAACCAUAUCCCAAGGCAGAUUUACCUAAAACAAAGUUAAUGUAAACUUUUUAAUGGUCUCCUUGAUUGUCUUCAUCCGAAACCCAUCCCGCAGAUUACUCGGGAAUCUGACACUUCUUACCAGUUAGUGGGUGCAAUACGUCAGAGCCUGUGUGAUCAAAGUCCAACCUAUUUUGGAGGGCUGUGGAAUUUAGGAAUCAACAUACAGUAGAUACAGUUAAGUCUCUUUAGACAGAACAAACCCCACAAUUAUUUGCAGUAGUUUAAAAACACAUUAUAUUUUUGAAGGGGAGAUUAGUAAUAAAGUGUGGAAAGAAUUGGUCUUUAAUUCUGUAACAACGUUCAGUUUUGCAGGACCCCUACCAUCUCAUUGGUAGUGGUUUGGAGAAUCUUGAGCGCAUCUAGGCAUGUCAAAGGGGCCCUGUUUCAGCAGGUAUUGCACAUGCCCGUGUCAAUCAAGAAGGAAUUUCCACUGGGUUUCCUUCUGGGCAGCAGAGCCCACUUCCUAUGAGUGGAGGCAUGCUACUGGCCUCUCUAUUGACUGACAGUUGUUUGCUGAUGGUCCUGGGGGUGGGGCUAGUGUCCACAGGAAAGAGAAGCAAGAUGUCAUAUUGGAAGUGGCACAGGGAGGAGUGCAGCAGCUCAUUGCCCCUGCAAUGGGUUAUGUCACCCAAUAGUCCUAGUGAGUGCCUGAGGACUGACUAAGCAAGGGCACUUACUCAAAUGUGUAAAGCCAGUGGUGACAAUGAGAGGGACAUUUCUGACAGAGCACUGUGUUGCCUCUCGUUAGUUUUUUUUAGCAACUCCUACUGCAUAUGCCCACCACAUUAAAGUGCUCAGUCACUUUACAGCACACUCAUGCUGGGGCUGGUUGAAAAGUUGUGAAACAUUAAGUGGAAAUCUGUCUCAGAUCAGUCCAGAGUGCCAGUCCAGUAAUCUGUCUUAAUAUCGAAUCGAUACUCUGACAUUUAGGAGUUAAAUCUCUUUUGUUUCUGUUUAUGAAGCCCUAGCCACAACUCACACAGCCAGCAUGAAAAAAAUUGUUUCAUUUUCAAUCAGAUGUUAGCUUGCUUUAGAAGUUUUCAUCUCCUGCUCAUAUUAGGGUCUUGCAGGGUCUAGAAGGCUAUUAACAAAGCAGGAUAUAAGAAAUUCUAAAUGAAAUAGACUAUGCAAUAAAGGAAGUUUAAACAUUAGAUCUCUCUAUACAGGAAGUGUUUAGGAACGCUGUGUCACAUGCAGGGAGGUGUGAGAAGGACUGUAUAAACCAAUUGAUUUAACUCAUAAAUGGCAGAGAAUUGAGCAGUGAGACUGCGGGGAUAUGAUCUGUACACCAAAACUGCUUCAUUAAGAUAAAGUUGUUUUGGUGCCUAUAGUGUCCUUUUAAUAUUUUAACUACAGAAUAAAACAAUUGUUUGAUCUGCAGAAAUAUUGGAUCUGUCAGUUGAUGUUUGUCUGAGUCUAAAAUAAUCCUGAAAUAAACAAAAUAUGUGAUCUGUUCCCACUCAGAAGAUAACUUUAUAUUUUUAAAAAUAUUUCAACAAAGUUUUUUUGUUUUUUUUUGAAAGCUGGAAUUAUGAAUAAAUUAACAUUUCCCCCAUGUUAACAUUUAAAUAAAGCGCUAAUUAUGGUGUUCAGUAUUCAUAACUGGAGACUUUUCCCAUUGGCGGGAGCUUUUGUUGCCUCUGUCUAUAUUUGACAAAAAUGACUCGUUUUCAGGCUCUAAUCAGCACUUAUUGCACUAUUAUUAAAUAUGAAUCAUUAAAAUGCACAUUGCUAUAUUUAGAUAACGCAGCACCAUGUAUUAACCAUUGCUGCUGGGAAAUAUGAUUUCAAGAUUCACAUUCAGAAAUAAAUUAACCUUAUUGUACAAAGGGCAGUUUUUCAACUUUAUACUUUUUGUAGAAUAUUGCAUAUUCUAUAUGUUCCUAUUCAAAUACAUAUUAAGGUGUGGCUGUCUAAUGGGUUAAACAGAACAGAUGGCGUUUGCUAUUCUGUACCAUGAGGUCUCUGGAAUUUGCUGUAUAAGAGAAAUUUGGGGUGGUCUUUAUAUGGGGAAUUUCCUUAUAAAUUCAACUAUAAUGAAUGACGCCACGGAAACAGGAACGUAACGGUGGAACGCAUGGAUGCGUUCCACCUAACACUCUGAAGCACCAUCGAAACCGGAAGUGACAUGGGCGCCACUAAGGGGACGGAACCCGGAAGUACUGGGUGGAACGCAUAUGCGUUCCACCAGAAGUUUGACCGCGAAUUUUGAGAGGAUUUAAAGAACUAAGAGGACACUAUCAUCAUAUGCCAACUGAGGAAGCCACAUUGGCGAAACGCGUUUUGGCAAGCACAUUGGACAUUAUAAGGUUUUAUUUUCUGUAUUACUAUUACUUAUUUUAUUUAAUAAAUAUUUUUUGCUUGGAAAACACCUCCCACGGUUCAUCAUUGAGGGGAGACUGAUUACAACAAGCAUCAAAGAGGUCUGGGGAUCACCCUAUUAAGAUCCCAGAGGAAAUCCACACCAGAGCCAGGUUAUACUAUAUGGCUCUUUCAUUGUGAGUGUAUUUGACACAUAUUUUAUUAAGAGUUUGUGUACAGCAAUAUUUGCACUAUUUUGUAUCUCUCUAUUUUCCACAGCUUAAAAUUAGAAGAAAGAGAAGUAUUAAUUUUAUUCUAUUUCUCUCUCUUUCGCUAUCACAAUUUGCUCCACCUAUUUUUCGUGUGUUGUAACUCAGCUGUUGCUCGUAUGUUUAUAAGUGUAACCAGAAGUAAGAUGUGUUCCUCCUUGCGUUGUUAUGCGUUCCAACAGUGGCCCUCCCCGUAACGUCCUUCAGGAUGGCUGUGCACAAUGCCCUGGGAUCAUGGCUGUUAUAGAGUCCCCUCUGGUGAUUAUCACAAAGUAGAAAUAACACUGGAAAAAAACAGCUGUUUUAGAAAUGGUGUCAGACAAGGAAAAUAAACAUAUAGCCCUAGCCAUAUAAGGACAAGACCCCCAAUCCACAUCCCAGAUUUCUCAGACAAAGCCUUGUGGCUGUGAAACCACCUGUUACUUAUGUCAAUCCAGACAUCCAUACAUAAUCAAUAGAAACAUAGAAUAUGCAAUAUUCUACAAAACUCUGUAAAGAAAGAAAUAAACUUACCUGGAAUAUCAUUGAUUGUGCUAUGUUUCAAGCACACUUUUGUUUUUAAACCGUUUGGUUUUGUGUCAUCUUGCAUGGAAUUUAGGUGCAGUAGGAAUAUACCCACAUUAGUUUGCCAUUUUUGCUAAUUCGAAUGUAUAAAUAACAGAUGUACAUAUGUAGCUGGAUAUGGUAAGUAAAGGAUUUCAUAAUCCAUGUCACCAUAGACGUGCGCAUGGGGUGUGCGGGUGUGUCUGUGCUGCCGUGGGCCGGUGAGAGAGAUCAAAGACAGGCAGGGAGGGAGGUGUAAGUUAACUCUUUUUGCUUUAUUUGCUUUAAAAUAAUGUUUGAAAUAAUUAUGCUGACCUUGGCAGAAGUAUUCCAUAACAUGCUUUGAGAGGCCUCCCUUCUACAGGAUGUAUAACCUCGCUCGACCUCAGGAUGUUCCUGUCCCAUCUUUAUUCAAAUGCUUAUCUUUUAAUGUCAGACAAGUAUGUACUAUUAACUACAAGGAAACGAUAAAUCUCGCUGCUUGCGUGACAAACUGUGUAUAAAUGCUAGCCCUGAAAAUAUACUCACUGAGAACUUGUUAAGCACUCUUUCGUGUCUACGUCUUAAUUUGCUAAACAAGAACUCCCGUCAAUUGAUAUGGUGACCGGAGAAUCGAGAAUCGAGGGGAGUUGAGUCCAGAACAGCAUUAACCCUUUCAGCUUGGUGUUUGAAGUGGGAUUACAGCAGGACCUUUGUAUGUAAGUAGCCUUUUUGUGUCUUAUUGACGCUGAUUGUCUAUGACCCCCUUUGGUUCAGUAAGUCUGUAUCCAGUAGAUAGGAAAGGUGUAAGGACUUUAGUUAUAUUGAGACUGUAAAUAGGUCUCCCUUUUUUACUGGACCGUUGGUCUAGUAUAGGGUUCUUGGUAACCCAGGUUAGUAUCUAAGAUAGAUACUGGGUAUCUCGGGUAGAUACAGGUUUUGAGACUAUAAAGGAGUCUCCGGUUUAUUAAGACUAUAGGUGUUCUAGGAAACACGGUUUAUAGAUCUAGAAUAACCCAAACUUAUCGUUCCUCUGGUCACCCUGUGUCUUUUUUGUGUUUAUUUUGCUUGUUAAGUAGAGACACACUAUUGGUAAGUAGGUAGUGUCUCUACCCUGAGCCAGAAAUAUGGGAAAUAAUCAGUCUAUUUCCAGGGGAGUCAUGUCUAAAUUAUGUUACUAGAAUAGGAACACAAGGAGGAUUUAUUACAAUCCCCUUUGUGUCAAAUUUAGCAGGAUGGACAGAGACUAUGAAGUCAUCUGAUCCUUUUCCCAGGUGUGGGGCUAAUGAUGAUUUCCAUAUGAAUAUGAUUCAAGGAUUGCGUUUGGGAGAUAGGAAGUCAUGGCCGUGGUAUGGUCCUGAUCCAGACUGGGAUAAGGAAUAUAUGAAAGCAGGAGGUGAAAAUUGGUUGCAGAUAGCCCCUCAUUGGUUUCCUUGUAGUGUAACAGGAAAGGUUUUAAAGAGAGCUAAGAAAGACCUGGCUAAGAGAAAGGGAACUGUUGACAGUAAUACCAUCUGCUUUCCCAUAGAAGCCCCUCCUGAAAAUCUAUAUCCACCACCAAUUGUGCCCCUACCCAGUUAACCCCCAGCCAUGCCCAACCACAACCCCCACCUUCCUAUAAAGCAAUGUAUCCUGCUGUACCUAAUGCCCCCUCAGAGGAUGAUAUAGAAGAUAUUUGUAUUGCUGCAGCUGUUAAUUCACAAUCACAGCAAUUACAGGAAUCAUCAUCUACACCAGAUUCUGAUAUAGAAUAUCCACCGCCACCUCUCGGUACAAUUAAAUUAACAGUACAAAUGGGAGUUAAACUUAAAAGUGGCAAGGUGUUAAAAUCAUAUGUACAUAAGCAAUGUGAUGAUCAUGUAGAGAUGCCAGAAUUAGAAGGUGCUGAUCUUACUGCCCCGUUCAUGACUGUUGGUAAUCAGUUAAUAAUGAAACCCAUUAAUCCCGGAGUACUCAAGGACAUUAUUCAAGGUGCCCCAAACCCCGUACUAAUCCCUCUGCAUGCCUUAUGUAUCUGAAAAUAAUGUGUUUAGGACAGAACAUGACACAGAUAGACAUACGGUUAAUUAUAAAUGGAAUAUUAGGGUAUGACUCAGAUUCUGGUUGGGAUUGGUCUAGGGUACCCUCUAUCAGUGAGACAGACAACGGUACUGGAGUUGGAGAGGCUGGUAGUGAUGGUGUUUAUGAGUUUAGUACUUUAGCAGGAUGUACUAAAAUGUGGGACGAGGUGGAAGCUGAAAUGUUGAGAUUAUGGAAGAAUAAGCAGUCUAUAUAAAGAAAAAGAUAGAGAGAGUGUGUCAGGUUGCUAAAGUGGAAAGGGGGGGUAACCCCUACUAGAAUAACAACUUGAGAGAAAAAGUACAAGUAAACCCAGAGGAUACAGUAAAUCUAAGUAGUAUACCAACAGGUUUCUAGUACAGUUAGAGCAGCCCAUAAGCUGAUAAAAUAUAACUUUUAAUUAUAAAAUAUAUAAAAGAAAGCACAGUCACUAUGAGAAAAAUAAAUAAAUAGUUAGGAGGGAAAAAAAACACAAUAAGGGUAUUUGCCCAAGACUUGUCACUUUUAUUGAAUAGUGGCACAGGUGAUGCGGGGAUUAGGGGGUUAAAGUGUGGUCUGAAAAUAAUAGCCCAGUAUCACCACCACACUCCUAUCACCCAGUAUCACCGUAGUGGCAAAAAUGAACCCAGCUCCCAAGUAAUAAGCUAAUAAGGUCGAACGUAGAAAAGCUUACUUACUAACUAUCUAAAAUAGAGUCUAUCUAGCAUAAAUAACGAGGGUGGCUAAACUAGGAGGAAAAUAACAGCUGCAGCAUCGUCCCUGUCUAACUCCUUCACCCUCAACUAAACUUGAACCGACGCGCGUUUUGCCGAGUGUCGGCUCUUCCAAGGGACUCCCUGCAUCACCUGUGCCACUAUUCGAUAAAAGUGACAAGUCUUGGGCCCUCCUAACUAUUUAUUUUCUCAUAGUGACUGUGCUUUCUUUUAUAUAUUUUAUAAUUAAAAGUUAUAUUUUAUACUCUAACUGUACUAGAAACCAGUUGGUAUACUACUUAGAUUUACUGUAUCCUCUGGGUUUACUUGUACUUUUUCUCUCAAAUUAUUAAUAAGCAGUCUAUAUCCACUGCUUUGGCAUGUAAGCAAGGUGCAAAGGAAGAGAUUGGUAUUUUUAAAGAGAUUUUACAACUUUUGGAAGGAUGAGGCAGGUUUGAAGUCUUUGAGAUGAUAUGGAUCUCCUUAAAAUACAGUUAUGCCUUGGUAAUAUGUUGCCACAGUAUUCUUUGCUUGUGAAACAGUUGAUUUCAGACUGGGUCAAUUUGGGUGGCUCAGAUUUUCUUACCAAGGUUAUAGAGAAGAAAAAUGCAGGUUGUUUUGACUUAAGAAAAGAUUCAGGAAGUAAGGUUGCUUAUUGUGCUCAGGGACUGCAACACUGUCCACCUACACAGGCCCGAGAGAGAGGAUGGGAUGGAGCACAUAGAGCCAGGGCCGUCUUUAACGCGGGGCAAACGGGGCAGCUGCCCCGGGCCCAGCUGCUCUGUGGGCCCCGCGAUUUGCGCAGCCCCUAUGGACCGGGCGGUGCGGCUCCCGCACACUGAGGAGGCUCCCCGGGUUGCCCAUGCACUAAGGGCCACCCGGGGAGCAUGUGUCAGCAGGGGCCCGGUCGGCCGCCUUUGGCGCUUAAACAGCGCGACCGGGCCCCUCUUCCGGUUCUCCAGCUGGCUGGGAGGAAGUGACGUCACUUCCUCCCACUGGAGAUAAUGGCCGCGCGGGAGGAGGAAGGCAGGGAGGAGGGGAGUUCCAGAGGAGUACUCCCAUCUGCCUCAGCCUGCCACUGGACCAGGGAAACCACCCUCCAGGAAAAGGUAAGAACCUGGAGGGUGGCUAAAUGUAUGUCAGUAGGUCUGUCUGUGUGUCAGUAUGUCUGUGUGUGUGUGUAUGUCUGUGUGUGUGUGUGUCAGUAUGUCUGUGUGUGUGUGUGUGUGUGUCAGUAUGUCUGUGUGUGUGUGUCACUAUGUCUGUGUGUGUGUGUGUCAGGGUUAUAGGGGCAGGGGUAACCAAGGAGGAAUAGACAGGAACACUUGUUUUAACUGUGGCCACAGGAAUGAGUGUUCACACCCCAGGAAACCCCAGCAGCCCCAACAACCCCACAAUGCUCAAAAUACGCCCGGUAGGCAAGAACAACACCAGGCCCACUCCCAACACUGGCCAGCACUUCCCCCUCUCCCCUCGCUCCAGCAAACCCAAACUGCCUUGAAGGUGACACUCCAACUUUUCCACUUUUGUCCUCUACUAAUGAUGAUCAGCCUUUUUGCAUUCUGGUCAUAGAAGGUAGAUCCUUGCCAUUUUUGGUAGAUACUGGAGCUACGUGUUCCAGUCUCUGUGACACCUAUUAUCAGGGGACAAGGGAAAAGUCUACACCUUCAUUGGGUAUUAAUGGAGUGUCAACACCCACUUUUGUCACACCACCACUGUCUGUUUUCUGUCCUCUUAAUGGUUCUUCUACUGUGCACCCUUUUCGUCUAAUACCUAAAUGUCCUGUUAGUUUGCUGGGAAGGGAUCUUCUUGGUAUUCUGGGAGCUACCAUUACUUGCACAUCCUCUGGUGGUAUUGAUGUGUCUAUGUUGUGUUCUGAAACUAUUGAUUUGUCUGAUGUUCCUUCCUCUGUGUGGGCUUCAUCUAAGUUAGAUGUAGGAUUUGUCAACUGCACCCCUUACAAAGUCAAACUAAAACCAGAUGUAACUCCUAUCUACCUUAAACAGUACCCCCUGUCAGAAGCCAAGGUUGAGGGAGUUCGCCCCAUGAUCCAAUCUUUUCUAGAGCAGGGAAUACUAAAGCCAGUAGUUUCCCCAUAUAACACACCUAUUAAUCCAGUUCCUAAAGGUAAUGGUUAUCGCUUAGUUCAGGACUUUAGAGCCCUGAAUAGUUUAAUUGUGCCCAUUGCACCCAUUGUCCCUAAUGUGAUAUGCCUCAUUACAGCCAUUCCACAUGAUGCCACUUGCUUCACUGUCAUUGAUUUAAGUAAUGCAUUUUUUCUAUACCUAUUGAUCAAGAGACACAGCUACUUAUGGCUUUUACUUUUGAAGGCUGUCAGUAUACCAGGACACGCUUACCCCAGCCGUUUAUUUGCUGGUACUCCAACAUUACUCUAAAAACAUGGACCCCUGGUGAUGGUUCCGUCCUUUUGCAAUAUGUUGAUGAUUUGUUGUUAUGUAGCCCUCGCUAUAAGGCAAGCACUGUGGAUACUGUCAGUUUGCUCAAACACUUAGCAGCUGUGGGUCACAAGGUUGCAAAACACAAAAUGCAAUUGUGUAAAUCAAAGGUUGAUUACUUAGGUUUUGUUCUGGCUUCAGGCACCAGACAAUUGAGUCCAAAAUGUAUUGAGGUCAUUCAGAGGAUUCCUAAACCCACUACUCGGAAGGAGUUGCUCACCUUCCUCGGCAUGAUUAAUUACUGCCGCCAAUGGAUCCCUGAAUGCUCCCAUUAUGACUCAAUCCUAAGGGAGGCUGCACGUUCUGACAGCCCUGAAAAUGUCUUCUGGUCACCAGACAUGCUAGCUGCGUAUAUUGCCCUUAAAGUUGCUAUUGUGCAAGCCCCGGCUUUAGGACUACCUGCGUAUUGUAAACCAUUUCAUUUGUAUGCUCAGGACAACUGUAAAACCAUGGCCGCGGUCUGUGAACAAGAGCACGGAGGCGGUAUGCGUCCCAUAGCAUUCUUUUCCAAAGUAGUUCCAGCUCCGGUACAGGGUAUGCCGGCGUGUCUCAGAGCAUUGGCAGCAUGUGCAAUGGCUGUUGAGACUGCUACUACUAUCACACUAGGGCAUCCUACAAUACUCCAUACCAGUCACCAGGUCACUCAGCUGGUAAAAAAUCUCACCACACAACACAUGACAGCCCAGCGCUUAAGUGGUUAUGAGAUUAUUCUUCUUAAUACCCAAAAUCUGUCUAUUGUCUAUAGUCCUGUUAAUUCUGGUCCUAUGUCUGUUUUGCAUGCUCGGAUGUGACCACUGUCUUUAUGGAUGGCUCUUGCUCCAGACCAAAUGACGGUACGUACCUCCCAGGCUAUGCCGUGGUACAGCUACCUGAUAAAAUCAUUGAAGCUGACACUAUUUUCCAGCCGUCUGCACAAGCUGCAGAACUCAUUGCUCUCACAUGUGCCUGUCAGCUUUUCUCACGACAGCAAGUGAACAUUUACACAAACUCACGAUAUGCUCAUGGGGUAGUGCAUGAUUUUGGUGUGAUUUGGAAACAAAGAGGCUUUGUAGGAGCCGAUGGAUAAGCCAUUUCACACACAAAUCUCAUCCAAUCACUCCUGGAUGCUAUCCUACUCCCAUCUGAAGUAGCUGUUAUCCACUACAAGGCACACACUCUGGGUAGUGAUGACAUUUCCAGAGGUAAUGCCUUGGCUGACAAAGUGGCAAAAGAAUUUGCAGCCGAGACUCUUUACUAUGAAAUGUUUCCUGCUAUGCUCACACCUCCCACAUGCCCUACUGACAGUUUGCUUUUGCAGCUCCAAGCCUCUGCAACGCAAACUGACUUUGAUUUUUUGGAUUAAACAAGGUUUAGAAAAAGAUCAGAAUGAUCUUUUCUCUAAAGAGGGGAGAAUAGGCAUAUCAGAAGCCAGCUGCUUUAUUUUCAUCAGUCUGGCACAUGGUCCCAGUUCACAAAAGCAUGGCAAGCACCAUCCAAUUCCUCAUGAAUUCAUUUUAUAUUAGGAAUCUCAGGAAGCAUGUACAGUCUUUUGUAAGAUCAUGUGAACCAUGUAUGAGAACACAUCCUAAUAUUCCACACAAAUCACAGCACGAACAUUUGCCCCCUCCAGCUGCUCCUUUUACACACUUAAAGAUUGAUUUUACUCAUGUACGCAAAAUUGGUAAGAAACAGCAAUACUUACUGGUCAUAGUUGAUCAGCUUAGUAGAUGGCCCGAGGCCUUUGUGACAUCUAGGGAGGAUGCUAGGACGGUAGUGAAGAUUCUUGCUACUGAAAUUAUUCCCAGGUAUGGCUGCCCUCUGCAGAUUAACUCUGAUAAUGGCCCGGCUUUUGCCAGUAAGGUUACCCAGGAACUUGCUAAAUUCUUGCAAGUUACCUGGAAGUUUCAUAUACCCUAUCAUCCACAGAGUUCAGGGGUAGUAGAAAGGAUGAAUAGGACUAUUAGGAGAAGCUUAUGAAAGCUCCUGCAGGAACAUGGGUAAAUUGGACAAAAUAUCUUCCAGCUAUUUUAGGUGACUAAAUUAUCUCCAUUUGAGAUUCUGAUGGGACAACCUUUUCCCACACCCUGGGCCAGGGAACCGCUUGUUAUAAUGUCUGGGGAUUUACAGCUAAUACAAGAACAAUAUGUACAGGAAUCGUUGAUAAACUGAAUGGUAUAAAUGGCAAUGUUUCUUCGCAGUUUCCCUUAACUUCACAGGAACCUACUCAUCCAUAUCAGCCCGGUGACAAGGUGUAUAUCCGUCAGCUGAACAGGACCAAGAAAGGAGGAUAUCCUUUCGGACCACCUGCUACUGUGAUUGCUGUAACCAGAACCGCUGUCCUCACAGAUUCCCACGACAUCUGGAUUCACGCAUCCCGAGUGAAACUGUGUCCAAAGAGGGAAACCAAGGAAGACAACACCACUCCUCACUCGGAAACAGAAGAAUUUCCCCUUAGCGAAGCAUCAUGGCUUUCACACCAUAUCGUAGAUUGAGAGGAUCAUACGACCCUGAGACCAAGAUUAUGCUUUCUGGAGUUGUUAUACUCCCUCUGAUAUUGUUCCUUGAAUGCCAUUAUGAGUACAAGUCAAUGGGAAGUUUGAAACCUGUUUGUUUCUGGAGAAAAGACUCUGACACAAUGAACAAUUCUUCAAUACCCCCAGCCCAAUUAGGCCUUAGCCCCUCAUCUAGCAUUCGUCACACACGCUCCCUCAAGAACCUUUCUCCACCACCUAUCUAUCAGCAUGUAAUAUGCAAGCACUCAUUGACUGAACACAUAUGGAUGAACUGGAUAAAUAAUAACCCUUAUAAGUACCAGUUACCCAUAUGGAAUGUGUCCACAGCUAAUGAAACCGAUGCAUUAUGUUUGUUUUAAGGUUCACAGAAAAUUGUUAGAUCUUAUAACGCAGAAAUGUGCACAGUUAAGGUUGCUAAUUACACUAGUAUCUGUUCCACCUUAUUUAAUAUAGGUUCUGAUGGUAAGAAAAAACCACCUCAACAGGUUUGGGACAUAUAAGAAAAUUAGUAAGGUUGCAUAUCAAUGUAAACAGACAGGCCUUAUUACUUUUAAUAAUGAUUAUACAACUGGUACCAUUAAUUGGAAAAGGGGACAAAUGUUAGUCAUUAUGAACGACACUGCGAUUGAGAACUGUACACUACCUUAUAUUUUUACACCUUAUUACUGUCCUUUAUCCUCUACCAUAGAACCAAAAGUCAACAACGACACACACACACCUAUUCCGUCCACAUGUGUUAAUACAACUGCCUUCUUACAAGCUGUACAUGUGUCAUUAAAAAUCACUACUCCUGUUGUAACAUUAUGUAACACAGCAAACAAAAGGCAGAAAAGGGAAUGGUAUGACCAGCAGGGGUCCGUUCGGAGCUGUGGCCCUUUAACAACGCGACCGGGUCCUUGCUUAACGGCUGCAUGGGAGGAAGUGACGUCCGCGAAUCACUUCCUCCCGCCUCAAAGACAUCGGGCCGCCCGGGAGGCUGCUGAGCCAGCAUCCAGUGAGGAGGGGGAGCAAGAAUAGCCAGACCCCCAACUCCCAACUACCCCAGCCAGCACACUGGACCCGAGGGAAGGUAGCCUCUUUCAAAGGUAUGAAACUGAAGAGUGUCUGUUUGUGUGUGCGUCAGUAUGUAUGUCUGUCUGUGUGUCAGUUUGUAUGUCUGUGUGUCAGUUUGUAUGUAUGUGUGUGUGUCAGUAUGUAUGUCUUUGUGUGUGUCAGUAUGUCUGUGUGUGUGUCAGUAUGUAUGUGUCAGUCAGUAUAUGUCUGUGUGUCAGUAUGUAUGUCUGUGUGUAUGUCAGUAUGUCUGUGUGUGUCAGUUUGUGUGUCUGUAUGUAUGUCGGUGUGCCAGUCAGUAUGUCUGUGUAUGUGUCAGUAUGUAUGUCUGUCACAGUGUCAGUAUGUCUGUCACAGUGUCUGUGUGUGUGUGUGUGUGUGUGUCAGUGAGUAUCUGUAUGUUGUCAGUAUGUAUGUAUCUGUGUGUGUGUGCCAGUGUGUAUACCUGUGCAUGUAUCUGUAUGUAGCCAAUGUGUGUAUCUGCAUGUGUGUCAGUGUUUGUAUCUGCAUUUGUCAGGUUAUGUAUCUGUGUGUCUGUAUGUUGUCAUUGUGUGUGUCUGUGUAUCUGUAUGUUGUCAGUGUAUCUGCGUGUGUGUGCGAGUGUGCAUCUGUGUGUCUGCAUGUGUGCCAGGUUGUGUGUCUGUAUGUGUUUGUGUCAGUGUGUGUAAAUGUGUCUGUAUAGCUGCAUCUGUAUGAUUGUGUAUAUCUGUGUAUCUGCAAAUGUUUCUGUGUGUGUAUGUGUAUCACAGUGUGUGUGUGUGUGUGUGUGUGUUUGUGACAGUGCAUGUGUAUUUGUGCAUACAUCUCAGCAUUCAACACUACACGCAAAUACACACCUGCAUUCAAACUUCAACACUACAUAUAAACACACCUCUUUUUUUAAACAACAAAAUUAUAUAUAAACACACCAGUGUAUUCAUAAACCAACACUACACAUAAAUGCAUACUUGCAUUUAAAUGCCAUCUCCACAUACAAACACACCCCUACAUUCACACAAAUAUACUCCAUACAAAAACAUGCUUACACUCAAACACACAAAUACUGCUCAGUGCUAAAUAUAACCUGCAUGCAUGGGAAAAUGGUAGCUCCCCAGCUGUCAAAGCAUUGUUGGAGUUGCAUGACAGAUGGGGAUCUACCUUUUGCCCCCUCUUGCCCAAAAUAAUUCAUGCACCAGAGCCCUCUCUACUUUACGUCCGCCUCUGCGUUGGGGUGGGGGGCAUGAUUGCAUGCCAGGGAGGGGACGACCGGGUUCAGGGGGCCCAAGCAAAUGUUUGCCCAGGGUCCAAUCCAUAUUAAAGACGGCCCUGGGUAUGACACACUAUGCUGAGGUGCUGGAACCACUGUGGGUAUACUAAAUAGUAUAGACAUGGAGACCCUCAAGAAUAAGUUAAACACGGCCAGCAUGCAUGUAGGGACUGGUUUCCAUGCUACUGCAAACUGGGCUCAAACUCUUGUAAAAUCACAGGUUACAGGAUUGGAUUUAGAUAAAUCAAUGUAUAACUAUUUAGGUAACUAUGAAUCAAUGUAUAACUAUUUAGGCAACUAUGAAAUUCACUACAGGUCUAGGUAACUGGAGUACUUGUGCCAUCAGGUAUUUAUGGAUGCAACAACAAAGGUUGACAUUAGAAGACACACUAAUGAUUCCUAAACUAGAGAAGAUUAGAGGGAUGCUUAACCUCACAUAUGAAUGGUUACUUCUAAAAACCCAAUCCACUAAAUGCAAUGAAUGGUUAACUGGUAAUGUUUCACAUUUUUCAUGCUCAUGCUAUUUUACACUAUAUCAUACAUCAUCAAAGGAUGUUAAAUUAGCUUGUCAAUUUAACACAUUACCAGUACCAGUUUAUGAUCUCUUUGCAAGGAAUUUAACCUGGUGGGCACCCACAUACACAGGGGACUAUAUUUUCCCCAAAGAUAAUAUGACCUAUUCCCUUAAACACUGUGUUCUCACUGACAAAGGAUAUGCAUGUCGACACUUGUCCCCUAUUUACGAACCAUGCUUACUCCAAAAUGAAGUGGAUAUGGCACAUAUAUCCUGAAAAUUAUUUUACCAUGACUGAAAUAAGCACACGACAUAUGUGUUUGGCAACUAACCUCCCUACAAAGAUAAUUACUAGUAAUACAAGUAUUAAUCUACCUCUCCCCUUUUCAGGAUGUUUGACUAAUGGUACCUGGUUAGAUCUUAAUGGCACCCAAUAUUAUUUCAGCGACACAAUCACUUUAGACAAACAUAUUAAUGCCCUAUUAGGCUCUCUGCCUUUUAAAGAUUACCAUUUACCUCUUGAGACUAUUGUCUCCUUAAUAAAAGGAAAACAAAAUAUGUUUAAACAUCUUGUUACACAUAAUGAUGCUAUAGUACACACACAGGUAGCCACACAUAUCCUAAAAGGAGAACUCCUUAAGGUGAGUUCACAAAUUCAGAAUGAUUCAGCCCAUCAUUGGUACGAUGCUUUUACUGGUUGGUCCCCUACUGGAUCCCAGAUAAUGAAAUCAUUUUUCUAUCCUCUUGUUAUUAUAGUCCUGAUUUUAUUGUGUAUGAUUUUAUAUAACUGCCACCUUACUUGUACAUUGAGGAAGAGAAUACAGAAAUGAAUCCAUAAUGCAGAACAGAAACAAUUGGAAAUUCUCCUCUCUGCCACUGGAGGGUAUCAACCCAUCUUUAAAACUGGGCCUUAGGAAUUACCACAUGGGAAUCGAGGUGAAGAAAUUAAUGAAAGUCCCGCAGGGAGUGACUAGCACCCCUGAAAAUACCAUGUGGAAGUUUCUCUGUCCUGGGAAGAUUUUAUCAAUAAUAUGAGCAAAUUUUUUUGCUCAAAGAGGAGAAUGUAAGGAUAUGAACUAGUUAACUCUUUUUGCUUUAUAUGCUUUAAAAUAAUGUUUGAAAUAAUUAUGCAGACCUUGGCAGAUGUAUUGUAUAACAUGCUUUGAGAGGCCUCCCUUCUACAGGAUGUAUGACCUUGCUCGACCUCAGGAUGUUCCUGUACCGUAUUUAUUCAAAUGCUUAUCUUCUAAUGUCAGACAAGUAUGUACUAUUAACUACAAGGAAACGAUAAAUCUCGCUGCUUGCGUGACAAACUGUGUAUAAAUGCUAGCCCUGAAAAUAUACUCACUGAGAACUUGUUAAGCACUCUUUCAUGUCUGCGUCUUAAUUUGCUAAACAGGAACUCCCGUCAAUUAAUGCGGUGACCGGAGAAUCGAGAAUCGAGAAUCGAGUUGGAGUUGAGUCCAGAACAGAAUUAACCCUUUCAGGAGGCAGGAGAGGACCCGGGGAGCUCUAGCCAGCAGCUCCGCCAGGUUGCUCUUGCGAGGUCGGAGUGUUUCCGCGGCAAUGCUCAGAUCUCGCAAGAGUGAACUCUAGCCCCACAGGCUUUAACUCUAGCCCACACCCUUGCACAGACACACACACAAACACACAAUAACAGUGCCCUCACAUACACACAGCACCCUUAAACACACACCACCCUCACAAACACACACACACAGCACCAUACCCCCCCCACACACACACACCAACAGCACCCUCACACACACACAGCACCCUAACACACACACCCAGCAUCCUCACAAACACACACACUAACAGCACCCUCACACACACACAGCACCCUAACACACAAACCCACCAUCCUCACAAACACACACACACAGCACUUUCACAUACACAGCGCCCACACACACAGCGCCCACACACAGCACCCACAGUGUGUGUGUGUGUAUAUAUAUAUAUAUGUAUAUAUAUUUACACGCGGCGUGUGUGUUUGUGCUUGUGCCUUAUGCAAUAGGCUGCGCACGCCUAUGCAUGUCAGGUGUAAUAUGCAGUAAUUAACAUGGAAGAGAUUCAGCUAAGAUUCUCAGUAUAAUGUCUGCAUUAGACUGUACUAAAAGGAGCAUCAAUUUAAUAUUUUUAAGCUUUUAAAAUUACAUUUUUAAAUGAUUUAAUAGUUUGAAAAUUAUUUAACUUUUUUUAAUAUAUUGAUCUACAUAUCAUAUAUUUUAGAUAUUUUAAUAUUUAGAAAAAAUAUAUUUUUCAAAAGCUUAUGCAAAAAAUAUUAAAUUGAGGCCUCUGAGUUAGGCCCAGAUAGAGAUGAACCUGGGUUUAGGCAAAUGCACCUGUCAUGGUUUAAAGGUUAAAUUCAGCUGAUCCUGGCUCAUGUCCGCCACAUAAAUGAUGUCACUGUUACCCUCUAAUUAAAACCAACUAAAACUGAGAUAUAUGCUUCAAACAUGCAAACCCUCUAUCACAGUAUUAAAAUGAUUAACUGUUAAUCUUUCCAAUGACUGCCGGAGUAUCCCAUACAGGGUUCAAUUCAUUUCUCUUGUAAUCACACACAUGUUACAGGGACGGAUCCGUGUGUGAAUCCAUGCAUUAAACUAAACAAACUGCUUUACUUCAUUUCUCCAGCUUUGAAUUAUGUGAAAAUCAGUUCGAAUGAGCAAAACUGAAAACACCCACAUUUAAUUCAGCAAUCCAAGGAACUGAGCUGAAUUUUAAUUACAAGGGUUCCUAUAGGCAGUUCCCAACCCACACAGCGGCAGCUUACUGCCUCCAUUGUGUUAGCCUAUUGACUGAUUUUAGUAGUCCCCGUUUCUGGCAAUAUAACAGCUAGCUGGGAAUUACAGAGCACUUGUAAUAUUAACUCAAUAAGGGUUAUUUAUGUAAAAACAAGCAAAAGCCUGAGACUGCUUAACAACCCGAGGCUAUAUUAAGGGUUUGUAAUUAUUCUUUAGUCUUGUAAAUGUCUGAAAUGUGAUUUGUUUCCAUUUAGAAUAAACAGAAGCUGAACGUUCCUGAGCUAAAAAGGAAAUAUUUAUCGUGGAAUCACAAAAAGUUCACUUAGUACAAAAAUUCAUAUUAAGCAAGUUAAAAACGUGCAGUUGUGGAGCAAAAUGUUAAAUAUUAAUCAGUUACCAUAGAAACCAAUGUAACUAUUUUUAUUAUUAUUAUUUAUGAAGAAAAUAGACUGAGUUCGGUAUUUUCUUCUGUGUUCGGGCUUUUUUGCAGUAUUUUGUUCAGUUUGGAUUUAUUAGUUUGGUAGUUUAAAACUACCGAACACUGACCACCCUCCUGGCUCAUUAACUUCAAAAGAACAAUCUAUUAAGCGCUCUCUGGGCGGCCACUGUUCGUAUAGCCGAAUGCCACGUAAAACAGAAAACAGCGGCCAUCUUGUUUACAUGAAAGGUGGCAGCGGGACUUGGUUGUCGAGUGUCUGGAACUAAAAUCAGACACUCGACCUUCCGAACCACUGCUGAAACUACCAAACGCCUGCUUCCUUUAGUUGCCGAACAGCCAGGAGAGCGCCAUUCGGUAGUUUGGUUCAUAUGCACAAGGGGAGCAAUCGCUCCUAUGAGUCAGAAGGAUCCAUUCGGGACUUUUAUUAGUUUUAUGCCAUUUACUGAAUUGACCGACCGCACACGCUGAAUUCGUGGAACUGUUUUGGGCAGGAGCUUCAUGUGUGGUCGGUAACUUAUGACUUCAAUACUUUUUGAGAACCCCUAAGCCAAUCUGGGUGAAAUUUGGGUAUGUUGGUCCCCCAAAUCGGGGCUAUCAGGGGAUAUGUAAUUUGUGCGGAUACUUUGUGUGGAAAGGGGUGUUCUAAUUUUUGGGAAAAUUGUGUGCCCUCUGCCUGGAGAUAAUUGAGUUAUUCCUUAACUUAUCUCAAUAUCUCACAGGCAGAGAGAGGGCGGGAGUUACUGUAAAUCUGUAUGUUGAUUGGUUAAUGCUCAGGAAAGGAAUAGAAGACCGCAGUACCAUAACCACUGCAGGUCAUAACAUUAUUAUUUUAUUAUUAAUAUAGCGCCAUCAGAUUCCAUAACGCUGUACAAUGGGUGGACUAACAUACAUGUAAUUGUAACCAGACAACUGGACGUACAGGAACAGAAGGGUGGAGGGCCCUGCUCCAUGAGCUUACAUUCUGGAAGGAGUGGGGUAUAGUAACACAAAGGGUAUAAGUAGGGGUACGAAGUAGGUUGUUAGAAAAGUAGGUAAUUUUUGACAGUUGCAGGAGAGGAGUCAUGAGGGGUGGGGGAUAAAAACCUGCUAACAGUUUAAUUGAUAUGCUUUCUUGAAGAAGUGAGUUUUCAGUGAUUUUUUGAAUGAGUGGAGACUGGGUGAAAGUCUUACGGAGAAGGGAAGGGAGUUCCACAGAAGAGGUGCAGCCCUGGAGAAAUCUUGGAGGUGAGCAUUAGAGGUGGGAGUACGAACAGAAAAUAUACGUAGGUCUUUGGCAGAGCGCAGGGGCCUCGACGGGAUAUACUUGUGUAUUAGGAAGGAUAGGUAGCUUGGAUCAGCAUUAUGUAGAGACUUGUAAGGAAGCACCAGAAUUUUAAUUUGAGCCAUAUAUCUAACUAGAAGCCAAUGCAGGGACUGAAAGAGCGGGGAGGCCUGGGAGGUGAAAUUGGAUAGGAAAAUCAUUAUAGAUUGCAGCGGUACAAUCUGGGAACAUGUAAGACCACUGAGAAGAGUAUUGCAGUAGUCAAGGCGAGAGAGAACAAGAGCAUGGACCUUAGCAGCAUCUGGAGUUAAAUAGGGGUGGAUGCGCGCUAUGUUUUAUGAGAUUUGGCAAUUGAUUGGAUAUUAGGGGGGAAGGAGAGGCUGGAGUCAAAAAGAACACCCUUGUGCUGGUUUAGCUGGCAACAAGUGUUUGGGGUGGCCCUCCUCAUUUGUUUGUGUCUAACCAUUUUUGAGAAAUGCUCUCCCAGCACUUAAAGUAAGGCCUCUGGGAUGCGUGACUAAUGCACUUUAAUUGCUUCAUCUGAUUAAAGUGGUUAUGAUGUAUGGAGUCCCCAGACACCAUGCCCUGUUUUAUUGUUAAACUGCUUUUGAACGAUUUAACAGUAAAACAGUCUCCAGCAGUAUGGAACCUGUGGAGUUACACCAUACCUUACUCAAUACCAAAUUCAUACCAGUGAUAAUGGGCAAUUACAGGUUACAGGCUGGGACUUUCUACUCACUACUCCUGGUAUGAAUUUGGUAUAAUGUGAAAGGGAGCGUAACUCCACCUUAGCUAUAAUGUCUUAGUGAGUGGGCUGUGAACAACAACAAAAAACUCUACAGUUACAUGACAACUGUUAUUCUGAAAAUUCGAGUCUAGUGAUCUUGGUUGAAAAAAGACUCAAGUCCAUUGAGUUCAACCCUUAAAACACAUCUUUUGUUGCUGUUGAUCCAAGAGAAGGCUAUUGGAAAGGUUAUUUACACUAUUUGCAUUAUUUUGGAACGGUUUGGAAACAGUUCAGCAUUCACAGUUAAAAAUAGUUUGGGUUCUAUCUUCUUCUAAGCUUUCUGUCACCAAUAUCUUAGUCUUCAAUAACGCCCAGUCCAUGCUCCAGCCACCCAACGGUAGUCAAAACACUGAUUAUCCCCUUGUUAUGUUUCAUUAACCAAAGGCAAAACAGUUUUGAUUGAAGAUCCUUCAAUAAUAUCCUGCAGGGAUGGAGCCAUACUGGACUCUCCAAAGUCAGAUAUCACUUUCCGUAUUCACAUUGCAGAAUGGUUCAUUGUGAAUUAUUCAUGUAACACUUUAGUUUUACACUGUCUCAGCAAAAAGAAAGGGCAAUUAGGAAACAGAUGUACUAUGGGACUGGCUGAGAAUUCAUCUCCACACAGCACCUAUAGAACAAUGGGUUUCUGUCCCUCUCUGAUCAGAUUAAGAAAACAUUAAACAGAAAUAAUGUCCUUUAUAAAUAAACCAUAACUGUGCUUUAAACAUUAUUACAGCUAAUUAAAAUGUAAAAAGUUGUUUUGCCAACUAAAAAGUAAAUUCGUAAUUACAGCAAAGGAAGACUACGAGAGAGAUGAGAUUAGAUUAUGUGUUUAAUUGUCUACAGAGUAUAAAAUCGAAAUGAUAUACAAACAGCCCAUACUGGAUCGUUAAAUGCAGCAUUUAUUUAAACAGAAUAGAAUCACUUUGAAACGUGUCCCAGAUCCUUUGAGUACAAGUUGGAUAAAGAAUGGACAUUUGAAGUGUUAAUAUCAAAGACAAGAGAGGGACAUCAUUCUGAUAAUUUAUUGAACCUGACAGGCUGAAAAUGACAAGCAACAUAGAAAUGCCAAUAAAGCAAUUAAUGACUUGUGCCAAUUAUUCUAUCCACUGGUCUUUUAUUCCUCUAAUAUGCUUCAUCUGUAAACGAAUAAAGAGAUGAAUGAAUUUUAGAAGAAUAGCUGAGACUUUGACAAAAGCUAUCAACUUUUUGUACAACAAAUUGUUUCCAAGAAUGUGCGCCCAGUGAAUUUGUUUCUUUUUAGAAAAUGUAAACAUUUAUUGAAAAACAAUUAUUAAAACAUUAUUUGAAACGAUCAUCAUAAAAUCUAACUUAAUUACUAGCUAAGCUAUUUAUUCUUCAAAAAAGUGGGGUACAAAUAACCAAUUUUGUUUCCUCAGUUGUUACAUGUAGAAACAAAGAAACAUAGAAUGUGACGGCAGAUAAGAACCAUUCGGCCCAUCUAGUCUGCCCAAUUCUCUAAAUACUUUCAUUAGUCCCUGGCCUUAUCUUAUAUCUAGGAUAGCCUUAUGCCUAUCCCACGCAUGCUUAAACUCCUUUACUGUGUUAACCUCUACCACUUCAGCUGGAAGGCUAUUCCAUGCAUCCACUACCCUCUCAGUAAAGUAAUACUUCCUGAUAUUAUUUUUAAACCUUUGUCCCUCUAAUUUAAGACUAUGUCCUCUUGUUGUGGUAGUUUUUCUUCUUUUAAAUAUAGUCUCCUCCUUUACUGUGUUGAUUCCCUUUAUAUAUUUAAAUGUUUCUAUCAUAUCCCCCCUGUCUCGUCUUUCCUCCAAGCUAUACAUGUUAAGAUCCUUUAACCUUUCCUGGUAAGUUUUAUCCCGCAAUCCAUGAACCAGUUUAGUAGCCCUUCUCUGAACCCUCUCUAAGGUAUCAAUAUCCUUCUGAAGAUACGGUCUCCAGUACUGUGUACAAUACUCCAAGUGAGGUCUCACCAGUGUUCUGUACAAUGGCAUGAGCACUUCCCUCUUUCUACUGCUAAUACCUCUCCCUAUACAACCAAGCAUUCUGCUAGCAUUUCCUGCUGCUCUAUUACAUUGUCUGCCUACCUUUAAGUCAUCAGAAAUAAUCACCCCUAAAUCCCUUUCCUCAUAUGUUGUGGUUAGAACUCUAUCAAAUAUUCUGUACUCUGCCCUUGGGUUUUUACGUCCAAGAUGCAUUAUCUUGCACUUAUCCACAUUAAAUGUCAGUUGCCACAAUUCUGACCAUUUUUCUAGUUUACCUAAAUCAUUUGUCAUUUGGCUUAUCCCUCCUGGAACAUCAACCCUGUUACAUAUCUUAGUAUCAUCAGCAAAAAGACAUACCUUACCAUCAAGACCUUCUGCAAUAUCACUAAUAAAAAUAUUAAAGAGAAUGGGUCCAAGUACAGAUCCCUGAGGUACCCCACUGGUGACAAGUCCAAGCUUCGAAUAUAUUCCAUUAACUACAACCCUCUGUUGCCUGUCACUCAGCCACUGCCUUACCCAUUCAACAAUAUUUGAAUCCAAACUUAAAGAUUGCAGUUUAUUGAUAAGCCUUCUAUGUGCAACAGUGUCAAAAGCCUUACUGAAAUCUAGGUAAGCAAUGUCUACUGCACCACCCUGAUCUAUAAUUUUAGUUACCCAAUUUGUUGCAAAUUGUAUACAUCGAUACAUUUAUUUUCCAUGUUCUUUGUUCUACGAAUGUUUCAAGAGUACAAGUAGAUCUACACGGGAAUACAGAGGACAAGUUUGCCCCUAUAACCACCAUUGAAAAAAGUAUAAAAAUGACAGGAAAAUCCCGUGUAGCAGACUUAAAAAUAUGAAUUGUUUUCCUGGCUAAGAUUAACAGGCUCCAUCAUGUCCCAUUUAUAGUACAAGUCCCAAUUUUUGUAUAUUUUAAUGAAAUCAUAUGAAGAUGUUAUGGCUUGGGUGAUACAAUUACAAUUUCUUUUUUUUUUUUCUUUUUCUUUUUUUGUCAUUUGAAUUGAAAGCAUACCUUUCAGAGUUCUCUAUCUGACAAUAAAAGUAAUGGGGAGUUAGUCAACAUAGAACUCUCGCCUCUCAGUGGAAAAAAAAAAUGGAUUACUCUUAAAUUUUUAAUUUUUAAAGCAUGCAUUUUUUUUAAUGGAUUUUUGUUUGGCCUUUUUUUUAGUUAUGAGAAAGAAGAUUUUUUUUAAAAGUCUGAAUAUCCCUGUGCCCCAUUCAUUACAGAGCAUUUCAGUUUUCAGUGAACAACCCUGUGGUUCUCUGAUAUGCCCCAUAAAGAAAUACCUAAAUUCUCCCAGGGAAUCAUGGGAGUUGUAGUUUAUCAACAUCUCAGAGGCUGGACUUUAAGAUGCCUAGUGGGAUCUACUUUCUACAAAUGUAUAUUUUUGGUAUGAGAAGUAAGCCCCCAAAUCAAUAUGUAAUAAGUAUACAAAGAAAGGGAGUGCUUUAUAAAAAGUGGCUGCUUCCAUGUCACAAUUGUGUUGAACCUUCUGUUUGUGCUAAUAUUUUCCUUAGUUUGCACCAAAUUUUUCCCGUUUGCUCCCUUCCCAACAGUUUUGUCCUGCACCUCUCUUUUGUCAUUUUAAACAGUUAAACUUUUAAAGAGUUAGUUAAACUUUUAGAGUGGGUUUUUUUUUCCUGACAAAUUUAUCUAAAACUGUGUAAUGAUGCAUUUUCAAAAACAGGUAAGUCACUUUCACUAUCCUCAUUUUUAUUUAAAAGAAUGCACCAGAUCCUAAAAGCUGAAGUGGUUAGCUCAGUGGAACUAAACCCAAGAGGCAGCAAUUACCCAGAGCACCUGCCUUUCAAAGACAUCUUAUUAAGCUGCAUUGGGGAGUCUUUAAUUGGACAAUCACAGAAAAUCUGGGCUGGGUUAGAAGGGGAGGGCUUGCAAAGGCAGCAGACAAGAGAUCUGCAGAAUUUACCAUAUGUUUUUAGAUCUAACUCCAAUUCAAAAAAAAUUAAAUUACUGAUUUUUUUUUGUACUUUUUCAAUGGAGUGUCACUUCAAGAAAUAAAAAAAUCCUUCAUAUUGUGAAUGCAUCUUUUUUUUCCUUGUAAUAUUACUCAUUCAUCCUGUAUUUUGAAUAAAACCAACAGAAAAAUCACGAGGAAAACAUGAAAAAACAAAAUAACAGCGAAUGUGCCGAUUUUAUAAAUAACCCCCAAUGAGUUCAAUGAUGUGGGAACAACCACAUUCAGUUUAUUUAUUUUGUCAGGAAUUCAAAGUGAAUUUAAUAUUUUAGACCAAAACAGCAGAACUGGGAGCAUAGCUAACUUGGGGAAAUGUUUGUAAGUCAGCUGCUUUGGUCUUAAAUUUGAAAUUAACUUUGACUUCUCCACAUUUCCCACUUUAGUAAAUAACUCUAAUAGCUAAAAUGCCAAAACGGCUUCAGAUACAAAUGCAGAGCAUUUGGAAAAGUUAAAGCAUUAUAAGAAUUGCCAAUUCACUUGGAACAAGAUGAUUUUCACAAAAUGUGCUAAUCCAGACUGCAUUAAGAUUGUAUUGAAUAACCCCAUACCAUUCCUGGCUCUCAGCCCUUUCUGAUUAAUUAGGAAGUUGGCUCGUUGAGAGCAGAUUUAGGGGAGGGCUAGUACAGGUGUACUAUGUAUAAAUGGGGGGUACUCUGUAAUAUGCUGUAUCCCUGAAAGCUUUAGGACAGAUUUGCAGAACUGCUACCACUAGCCAUGAUAACGUACCAAGUACUGGUAGCCACUGGAGAGCAGAUAGGCGCUGGCAGCACUGAUAUCAUCUCUAUAGCUCUUAUAGGGAUUAAUGGAGAAAGUCCUAAACAGCUUCUGGGAGAUAAAUUCCCUGCUAAAUCUGUGAGUGUUGUCUUUGUUUUAUGUUUGUGUGUGGACUUUUUGGGUAUUCAGACUGUAACCCUAUGGACCAAGCACAGCUUAGUGGAAAGGGGCUUGACAGAGCUAGGAGGUGGGCAUAGGGGGAAGGUCCCUUUUUGGGAGUGGAGUUAGUUAAGGGGUCGGCCUAGUAUAAAUAGGCAGCCAUUUUAGAAGUAGGCACUUUUAAUCUGCUUACCUGGCCUAAGUUGUUCCUCCCAUUUUGUAAAGGUUGUUUGCUCCCAUUUGGUCACCCUGGUGGGGCUAGAGAGAAGUUAGGGGAUGAACAGGCUCUGGGGUAGUGUAAAUAGAAUAGGGCAUUUAGGCUGGUGGUUAAACUGCAUUUGAGCUUGGUGGUCGCUCAGAACCUGGUGGGUGGUAGGGGUAUACCCCUACCGUGGUUAUUUAACAAAGUUUGGCACUUGUGUUAUGUUUACUUUGUCUAUUUAUGGAAAUGAUGGGUCAUUUCCUUUGUUAUGGGGGACAUAUGAUGCUAUAUUGUGGAUGGGCAAUGACUUUAAUUUAUUAUCAAUAUUAUUAAAGCUGUGGACAUAUUGACCCCAGACAUUAGUGUCAAUGUGGUUUUUGGGGGGGAUUGCACCUGUCAUUCCCCUUAAUGUCCUAGGUUGUGGUCUCUUGUGAUGCAAAGAAAAAACAAAUGCCAGGAAAAGCAAGUGUUUCAAAUCCAUAGAGACUUAUUCUACAAGGUAAAUAGACAAACAGGGGAAGCUAAAAAAAAUCUUCCUUACAUGUUUUAAACCAUGUGGUCUCUUGUGCCUGUCAUAUACUCUGUGUUAAAAAGAUUAUGUAGUAGGCACACUCCAAGCAUCAUGACUAGAGCUGUAGUGGUUAUGGUGCCUGAAGUGUUCCUUUAGAGGAAUUGCCUUAAAUAACGAACAGACUCUCAACUAGCAAUCCACUGACUUAAUGGUUGGUAGCACUUAUCAUGUCCAACAUGCAGCUAUUUCAUAUCCAUUAAAGAGAAAUCUCAAAGGAACCUCCUUGACUGCAUAACUCCCCUUGCUAUAUAUGAAUGCCCCAUACUGCUGGGCAACACAUCCAUCAAGAACAGUGUCCAUGGAAAUGUCAAUGUGGCAACCUUGGUUGGUAGCCAUUGUGUCCAAAUUUGGAUCUGUUGGUAGGUUAACUUGGAAUGGUGAAUGUAGCCAUUCUGUGUAUCCGCUUACAGGCACAGCAACAUACAUCUGGGAAUAUUAAUGGAGGGGAGGUGGGUGGCAGGGGUUUUUAGAUAAUGGAAAGCUGGUGGUCAGGCUGUUAAAGGGCCUGUAUACACAGGUUCUUAGCUCAGGAGCUUCUUAUGUAAACUGCAGACACACCUCCCAGGCUUUCAAUCGGACAGGAAGGUUACCGUCAAGAUUCCAUUAGUUCUACUUGAGCAAGCCUGCCUUCACGUUUCCCCAAGUCAUGGCAAGCCUGUGUGUGCCCAACAGGGCUGACUUUACACACUUCUCCAUGACUACCUAGAAAGUAGCACAUGUGCCUGCAAGUAUAAACACUUGUUGCUCAAAAUUAGGCUUUUCAAUGGGAAUCCUCUGACUGGUCAUGUCAGGCUGGGCUAGAAGGGUAGAUCUUGUAGUGGCUUCAGACAAGAGCAUCUGCAGCUUUUCAAAAUAUCAAAGAUGUUAACAAACUAUAAAAAUAACUAAAUGAACCAAUGUUUGCAUAGAUCUAAGUAGGUGUUGUGGAAAUGCAUCAGGGGAUAGUAACAAACAUCUGUAGUUCUAACAGGGAGGUCUUGUCAUAAUGAAUGUGGAUCUCAUUUAUCCAUGCAGCACAAAUAAAAAGCAUCACAUAAACCAUGGAUCUAAGCCUAUCCCAACUCUUGUUAUUAUAUCCCUGUUCAGGUAACUACAUUUGAUAUUGGCAGCCCAAGAGAACUUGGAGAAAUCCUACUGGUCCGUCUGUACAAGGAGAAAUCUGGUCCAAAAGAGAACCCAUGGUGCUGCCAGUAUAUUGAUGUGAUCAGUCCCAACGGGAAAAGAAGUAGAUUCCCGUACUACCUGUGGGUAACUGGAUAUACGAACAUAGAAAUUCCAGAAGGGAAAGGUAAAGCUGUCAUUAACAUUGUCUGUGUGGGUUUUUUUUUUUUGGGUUUGCGUGAAACUCCUUACCCACUAAAGUACUCUAGCUAUAAAUUGACCUUGUUACACCCACUGGCUCCUAACCAUGCAACCGAUACCAUUACUUCCUGUUUUUUUUUAGCUCUGAAGAUAAACUAAAGAUGUAGCAAUUGCUCAGAUUUCUGACUGAGCAGCCACAAAGUCUGGGCUGGGAUAGAAGGGGAGGGUUUGCAAAUGCUGCAGAGAAGAGAUCUGUAGCUGUUGCCUGCUGUCUCUAGAUAUAUCCCACAAUUUAAAAAUGCUUUAUGUAUAUCUACUAAAUGGCUCUAUUUGUAAAUGGUCCUCGACAAUGGGUCCUCUAUGUGAUUUGUAGUCUUGAUGGCUCAAUAUCUCUGUAGCAAUACGGGCAUUUAAAUAUCCUGUGACCCACAGCUUAAUCUCACUGUUCACAAAUUGCAGACUGUCUUAGAACCAACUCCAUAGACAACCCUCUUCAGCAACUGUUAAUGCUUUUGAAGGAUAAUCUAAGGCGUCUAAGCUACCUGAGGGAUAUGGACAUUCUCAUGGAAUCUUACUAAUGCUUGCAAACUGGCAGUCUCAGCCAUUAGAUUAAUUCACUUGGUGUAACCCCUCUCUGCUUUCCCUUGCCAGGGAUCAUUUUGACUGGAGAUGUGAACCCCCUCCUUGUACAGCAGAGAAAGGUCGAGCUGGAAAGGAAUAGAGCAAGCUAUAGGUAAGUGACACUGGCUUUACGAACUGCAUGUCAGAAAUAUAUCCAAAGUGCUCUGGGUUUCUUUAACUCUUGUUCUAUGGAUUUCCGAAUGCGGUUUUAGUGCCCUACUGGGGCUUUCUAUAUAUUAUGUAAAGUAACUUUACAAUACGGUAAUCUGAAACCUAGAAUAGAACCAGAAUGGCCAUCACACCUACAUGGUGUCUGCUGCCUAUUGGUACAUUGGCCAUAUUUGAACCUUGCUUAUCACAACGUGAGGCUGGUAUAAAACGAUCCUGAAGGCAAAAUGACCUAUUCGACCUGCUACAGCCAUACCUUUAACUGAGUAUUAAUGGGGUUAGAUCACAACUCCAUAGUCUGUAAGGUGUUAUAUUAAAACAUGAUAUCAAUCUGUUAUAAAAGCCAAGUAUCUAAAGCAAACCCCACACUGUAGCAUUGUAAGACCAUACAAACUAACAGAUCUUGCUUACAUGCAGACUAAGCUCUGCUCACUACUUGCUAGUCUACAAAACACUUAUUCCAAAAUGAGCAGUAUUUCUGAUCGGCGGCAAUUGUGAUGGAGCUAGUCACUGUAUGCCAACAGUUGGUAAUCAACCCAUUCUGUUAAUCAAAACACUAUCAAGGUCUUGAUGGACAAAUCAUUGACUCUGCAUAUAUUCUAUCAUUUUUGGAAUACAAUUGUUAACGUGUGUGUGUGUGUGUCCGUCCCCCAGUAAAUGCUUACUGAAACUGAGAUAUUCCCCUUUUUUAAUUUUUUUUUUUUUUUUUAGACCUUUAUGCUUUUCCAUUGAGCUGGUGUGGCAUAAACUAGUUUAAUAUCUUGCUAAAUGUAUGUAGACUACAUGUAGCUUGUGCAAUUGCUGCAAACGUCUAGUCUUUGUCUCUGCUGUGAGCUCACCAUAUCGCAGAGCAAUCAUUGGGCUCAUGUUAUGCCAUAUUCUUCCCCUCAAACUGUAGUGAUUCUGGUAUUUUGUAAGCCAAUAAACCAGUUUCUAAUGUCGGGCCUUCUACCUUCUAAUUUUUUAUUUGUCUGUGUAUAUUGUACAUCCUCCACUAAUUGCACAACACUGCAGAAUCUGUUGCUUUAUUAAUACUGGUAAUAAACAUAUUGAAUCUCACUCCAUAUAACAUAGGUUUCUGGGAGUGGUAGCUAAAUACUGAUAUUAAGAGGGUUUUAUAUAUGCUACAACUAAAGGUCUCCUCCUUGCAGGUGGAAGGUCUAUGCAGAAGGCGCCCCUCACUGUAUUGAUGCUGAAUCUUCAAAAGAUCUUCCUUGUGAUGCAAAAUACUCCUUCCAGAAAUACGCCAAUUUUGGCUUCUCUGUGGUUGCAACGUAUGUAUUGAGGCUUCUAUACAAAACUGGAUACUGCCAGCAAUGGUUGGCUUCUUAAGAACAUCAGAUCCAGUUAGCUGGGUCUGGUCUUUAUCUGGUUUAUACAUGUGUGACUCUAUAACACACCAGGGUUAUAUUGUUUAAUGGCUUUAUUUUUAACAGGGGAUUAGAACUGCAGCUCAGAGGCUUCCUCCAAUCCAAAGACCCUUGGACUGAUCUUAAGGAUAUCAAAAAGGUCUUCCUGUACCAAAAGACCCAUAACUCUGGUUUGUUCAUUCUUUAUUCUCUUGGGAAGCUUUUAUGAUGGGGGGGCAGAGCAUAUUGACAGAACACUGGAAUGCUGGCCAAAUCAAUAUAUUGCAUAGACUCUUGCUGUGACACUAAAGCCCUCUUAACCUAUUGUCUUAAUUCUUGCAAAACGCCUUGUAUUCUUGUCACCUCCAAUAUUAAUACUUGGUCUUUCUUCCACAGAACUGGUGACACAGAUGUGGCAGGAGGACUCCUUCUUUGGUUACCAAUACUUGAAUGGAGUAUGCCCUGUGAUAUUACAAAAAUGCACCAAAAUCCCUGACCAUUUCCCAGUGGUUCAAGAGAUGGUGGCUGCCUCUCUGGGGACAACCACAAACCUCCAAAAGGAAUUGGAGGUGAGCCUUUCUUACAGUACAAAGUGAACAGGGUUCUUCAAUGGGGCUUAGAUGGUUGGAUUUUUAUCCUUUCCUGGUAGUGAAUUUCACAAUGGUUUGUGAGAUGGAUUUAUAAUCUUUCUAUAUACUGCUGAGAUUAAUAAAUCAAUCUUUGUAUCUGGAUAAACCUCACACGGUCUAACUUGCAGUAACCUACCCCACUUCAAACACAAAUCCAGUCACAUUGACUAAACUAACUGAAGGUACAAGUCUUUCAGUACUGUGAUAUUCCAACGUUAAUGGAAAGGGGGAAUUGUUGGUUCUAGUCCUGUAACUUGCAAUAUAGCACUUGCUGCAUGUGAAUGUAUGAUAUGCAAACUGGGAAGCAAUCGUCAAAACUAAGACUUUCUCAAUUUUGCAGUUUUUUUUUACUUAAUAGAAAAGCCGUUAUUUGCCAUCAUAAACAAAAUUGCUCCACAGAUCAAUUCCACGAUUUUUUUUUUUUUUCUUUUCACUGUGUAAACUUUAGCAUUAAAACAAGUGCACAUGUAAAAUGGCCCUUCAUAUAACCCAGCCUCACCAUACACUUUCAGAGUGGUAAUGUCUUUCUGGCUGACUACAAGGUUCUGGAUGGAGUCCCUGCAAAUGUCAUUAAUGGCAAGCAGCAAUACCUCACUGCUCCUCUAUGCCUUCUGUGGAAAAACCCUCUGGAUCAUCUCCUCCCAAUAGCCAUCCAGGUAUGCCGGAUCACAGUGGUGGUUUCUUCUAAAUGGACUAGAAAUGGUAUUUGGGGUGGGGUGCUGUACAGAAAUGUUCUAGAACUGGUGUCUGUCAUUCUUGUGACAAAUUUCUAAAAUACAAAAUCGGGAAGCAGCUCAUUGUCUGAACCCACAAUAGUUUGGCAUUAUGCAGUUAUCUAACACGCUUAUCUGGAACUCCAGUUUAGUUUCUUGUAGCUUAGGCCUGUCAAAGAUCUGAGGAAUUAAUCUAAUGUGCCCCGGUUUGCUACAAGAGGUGGUGUGUGGAUAGCACACAGAUUUGUAACUCCAAAGUGACUUUUGGGAAAACCUUGUUUAUGCCAUCUGUGUAGUGAUACUGUAAUGUGCAAUGAAUACAAUAAAGCCCAAUGUUCAGGCUUGUACAGAAACAUGCAUACCUCACUUUAAAUUUUUUUAUAUCCCUCAGUUGCUCAUCUCAAGCCUAAUGUCCCUUUCUUAUGAGCUCCAUAUUGUCUCUGUAUAACAUAGCUCCUCAGCUAUACUUUCAGUAAAGUGUCUUUAAACUACAAUAAAUGUGACAUCAGUCUGUAAAUAACAUCGUCUUGAAAUGACAUUUGUCACCUAAAAGUUCUCACAACGGCCCCACCUUUUAGACUAGUGUUCCAAUCUGGCCAUUUAAACUGGCAGGUAUACAUGAUGGGUUCUCUCUUGGCAGUGAUACCCUAAAGUGGUUUGUCACUUGUCUCGCUUCUCUUUCAGUUGGGACAAGUCCCAGGACCCCAAAACCCAAUCUUCCUUCCCAAUGAUCCAGAAUGGGACUGGACCCUUGCUAAGAUGUGGGUGCGCAAUACAGAAUUUCAGGUGCAUCAGGCUGGACCUCAUUUGCUCUGCACCCACCUAUUUGCUGAGGUCUUUAGCAUUGCAACCUCCAGACAACUUCCAAUUGGACAUCCAGUUUACAAGGUAGGAAUGUCUAAUCAACAAGGAGGCUGUUGCAUAACAUUGAGCGAUUUGUUUAAUAAUUCUGGUCAGUGCAAUAAUCUGUAUCAAUGUUGGACACAGUCUGAAUCAAGAUUCUGAGCUAUAACUGGGAAUGAAAAGUUAAUAUGGUAGAAAAUAUCCUACCGUGGAAUACCCUUACUUUUUAAGGUAGAAAGUGGUUUGAAAUAGAACCUACCUGUUUUAUUCAGUGUUGCAAAAUGUAGACCAAGACUGUGCUGUGGCAUUUGGUUGCAGCUUUAUAUAAUUGAAACAACUGCUGCCAUUGGUAAUUCAGCUCAGGUGACACACUUCUCAACACAAGCAUCAUGGGGGAAUGUAGUCCAACAUCUGGAGUGCCAAAGGUUGCCUAUCCUUGCUCUAUGCCUAGUGCUGGAUUAAGACUGUCUAAAGUCAACUGGUUGUCUUAAUAAAACAUUGCUUGGAAAAGUAACUUGACGACAAUGUUUAACUUUCAGUUUUCUAACCAACUAACUCUGAAAUGGAUUCCUUGACCUCUAGUGAACCAUGGUGAAUAUAUGCUCCUCUCACUGACCAUGUUGCAGUGAUCCAGACACUAACACGUAGGAUGACUUCUCUUGCAAACUGUUCAAUCAUAUGGUUCCAUGGUGCCUUGUGAAAUGCAUGUUUAGUGGCUCACAAUGCAGCAUUGGCUGUCACAAUUUCACAUUGAGUCAUGGUACUUUCAACAAAACUGGUGACUGUAUAUUAGCUGCUGACUAGCUUGCUUGAUCUAAUUGGAAUAAAUCUUCAAGCCAUAUGUAGUAAUGCAAUAGAAGGAAUCUAUUACAGCGUGAAUAAGCUUACUAUGAAGCUAAUGCUCUACUCUUCUCCUAGCUUCUUGUUCCCCAUUUCCGUUAUACUUUGGAAAUCAAUACCCUUGCCAGAAGUGAGCUUCUAGGCCCUGGAGGCAUCUUUGAUCAGGUGAGUCUUCUCUACAGUUGCCUUCAGAUCUAGCUAGGUCAGAUAUUUUAUUUAUAAAAUAUUUUACCAGGAAAGAUACACUGAGAUUUCUCUCGUUUUCAAGUAUGUCCUGGGUCCACAAAUCAUUGCAUUGUUACAUUAGGUACAACAAAAUACAAAAACAAUAUUAAUACACAAUAAAUACAAAAUGUAACAUAGAACAGGCAGGAAAUAUAUAGUCAACCAUGACACGUGCAUUCUGUUUUGAGGUAUGUAGAGAGGGAUCUCUUAAAUGACUUUAGGCUUAGGGAAGAUUUUAAAUUGUGCGGGAGGUCGUUCCACAAUUGCGGUGAUCUGUAGGAGGAGGAUCGGGCCGCUUUCUUUUUGUAUUGAGGUAGACUAAAGUGCUUGUACUGGAUCGGAGCUUAUAGAAAGUGGGGAAAGCAUUUUGUUCAGGUAGGGUGGGAGUUUCCCAGAAAAGUUCUUAAAAACAAGGCUGGAAAGAUGAAGGGUGCGUCUGGAUUCCAGCGACAGCCAGUUUAGUUCCUUUAGCGGGUCCUGUAAUUACAUUGUAGCACAAAUCGGCAGAACGAGUUAUACAAUGUGAGUUUAUUAAUGUGGGAUCGCGAUGCAGACGCAUAUACUACAUCCCCAUAAUCAAUGAUUGGCAUUUGCUGUACAAUCUUUUCCUUUACUGUAGGGCUUAGGCAGGCUUUGUUUCUGUACAGGGCACCUAAUUUUGGAUAAAGUUUAGAUGCAAGCUUUUCUAUGUGCAGGCCAAAAGAUUGGGGUCUAAUAUCAUACCCAAGUAUUUAAAAGAGUGGACUGCGGUCAGUGUGCCAUUUGAAUUUGUUUUGAUGGAUAGGUGGGGAUUGUGUAAUUUAGGUAAUGUUACAAAGAUCAUUGUGACCGUUUUGUCAGUGUUCAGGAAGAGUUUGUUUUUUGUGAUCCACUUUUCUACCUCUGUAAACUGGUCUUGGAGCAAAGCCUCAAGUUGCGGUAGAUCGGGUUUGUGACGAAACCAAUCUCGCCACAUUGCAUUGGAGGAGCCUGGUUGCCCGCCUGCUGCCUUUGGAUUAUGGACCGGCAGCUAAAGGGUUAAUUUUACUGUGCAGAAGGAUUUAUUUCUCCCUUUCUGCACAGCCGUUCAGUAGAUUCCAUCUACCAAACAAACAGUCUCUUUUCAGCCUCCCCAGAGCCGUGGGAAGCCGGCCGGCGACCUUAAUUGGCCACCCAGAAGCUGGAGUGCGCCCUCCAUUUACCUCCCUGAAGCCGCGGUUAACCGCGGCUUAACGAGCGUGUGCCGGCAAUUGACCACCCAGUAGCUGCGGUUAACCGCAGCUUAAUUGAUUGUUACUGGGUGGUCGCGGUUACACUUAGCCGCCACACGAUGGCGGUGUUCUGGAGCUCCCCGGGCAGCCAGCGCUUGUCUGCCCGGCUUUCAUGCACCAAACCCGGACACUUUUACGUGCAGGCACCGCUGAACCUCCAACCCCUGGUUCUAAUUCGCACGGAUUGAACGAAUGCAUGUAAAUUCGGUAUUUUAUGUUGGAGGAAUGUUUUAACCCAGAUAGCUAUGCCAUGGAGCCUAUUCGUGGAAUUAAAGACUUUGGCUCCAUGACAAUUAAAACUGUAUUCGUGUAGUCUGAGUGCCAUUCACCUAAUAAUGUGCACUCAGACCUGAGCUAUCUGGGGAUAUGUUACAUGUCUGUGUUUUAUGUAGUAAAUGUUACUUUGUGCAUUUUAAAGUAUAAUGCUGGUUUUGUGUUCCCACAUGUGUAAUGGAGUUUUGCCUUUGACUUGGGAGAUAAUUGAGUUACUUCCCAAUUAUCUCCCAGGGCAGAGGGGAGGAAGCCAGGAUGCAUUGUGGGAAUAUACUGUGACUGUGUGUCCUUUUUGUAUACUUGUCUGUCCCUUGUCACAGUCUCCCAUUUGGUCCCCUAGGGGAGUGUCCACCAGGUGGGAGACCUGCAUAAAUACUGGGCAGGUAGCCCUCAUUAAACAGACCACUGCUUGACCCUCAACACAGAGCCUUGUCUCGUUCUUGGGGUGAUUCACUCUAUGCUGUUAGAGACUGAUUGCCAGGAGUGUAAGCUAUUCGUCUGCUUUUCCUGUUCGUCUGCUAGCAGCUAUUUGGGAGGUUCCAGUUCGGGAGUUGGAGUGCUAUUUUGUAUCCAGUUUGGAAGUUUGGUGUUCUGCAGUAGCUGUGCCUGUAUCUCUGGAAAGGGGGCCGAUCGCCUAAACAGUUUUUACCCCUUGUGUGCAAAAAGGUCCGUUACAGGGUUUGCUCGCAUAGAUUACCGUGUCAUCUGCAUACAUUAGGCAGAUUUAUAAAUAAUGUAAAUAGUAGGGGGCCGAGAAUGGAACCCUGGGGAACACCACACGUGAUCGGGAGAGGGAGGGAGUCACUGUCAGAAAUGGACACAUAUUGCGAGCGAUCCGAUGCAUACGAUCGGAACCAGUUUAAAGAACGAUCACCAAUACCUGAGUUUUCGAGUUUGUGCAGUAGAAUGUCGUGGUCUACUGUGUCAAAGGCCAUAGCAAAAUCAAGGAAAAUAGCUCCAGUUAUGUCUCUUUGUUCCAUGCCAGUUUGGAUGUCAUUGCUAACUUUUAGGAGGGCAGUUGUAGUUGAGUGAUUCUGGCGAAAGCCCGAUUGAUCAGGGGUCAGUUUAAUUGUUGGUAGUACUCACAAAGUUGCGUAUGGACACAUUUUUCGAAGAUUUUUGACAAUACCGGGAGCAAUGAUAUUGGGCAAUAGUUAGAAACCAAAGUAGUGUCACCACUUUUAUGGAUAGGCACUACUCUCGCAGUCUUACAAAGUUUGGGUAUGUAUCCAGACACCAAGGAUUCGUUAGAGUUGAGAUAUGCACUAUGGCAUUCUUGCUGAACUUGUAACGUUGACUUCUAUCAAUAGUCCUCUUGCUACCCUAUCCAGUUUUAAAACUCAAACUGGGUUUUUGUUUUGGUUGCCUAUAGAAUAUCUUGUGGUGACUGACAACGACCAAUUUAGCUUCUAGUAUUAAAUGGACAAUGCAGUCUGUUCUAAUGGUCUAGAUCAGCGUUUCCCAAACCAGUCCUCAAGACCCACCAGCAGUCCAGGUUUUGCUAGUAUCUCCAUUGGAAUAAAACAGGGAAAUACACAAAUCCUGGACUGUUGGUGGGCCAUGAGGACUGGUUUGGGAACCACUGGUCUAGAUCUUUCUCAUCUUCUAUAAUGUCACUCUUUCUCCUCAGUCUAAUGUAACAGGAAAUGGCGGUGUACCUGUCCUGCUUAGAAAAGCAUUGGGAGAUGUUACCUAUAGCGCCCUGUGUCUCCCUGACAAUAUCAAAGCCAGAGGAGUGGAUUCUAUUCCAAAUUACUACUAUAGAGAAGAUGGCAUGAAGGUCUGGAAGGCUGUGGAGAGGUAAUGCCUUGCUCUACUCAAUCAAUGUCAACUGUCUAAUCACAUAACAAAGACUACCAGCCCCAGGGAAUCUUUUAAAUUAAUAUUUAAAACUUGGCUCUCACUAUAGUAAAUUCCCAGGGUAUUGAGGUGUAGUGCGGCUUAUGCUCAGGUCUAGUUCUGUACAACGUAUGGGAAUUCAGGUGUAAAUACCACCAUUCUUUACCCCGUUCUAAAAUCGGCUUCUCUUCUGAACCAGGCUGGUGUCAAGCAUUGUCAACUACUAUUACAAGAGUGAUGAAAUGGUCACUAAAGAUCCUGAGCUUCAAGCUUGGGCAGCAGAAGUCUUCAAGGAAGGAUUCUUGGAACGUAAAUCAUCUGGUAAAUAUGCUUAUGGGUGGGAUAUAGCCUAAAUGUUUCAUGGUCAUGUACUGGGUAUGCACAUUAAAUGACUUGGUCUUUAGAGAUCCUGUUCACUAAUCCGCCUGGCAAAGUAUAAUGUGGAUUUUGUCCAGAAUAACUGGGUAUCUGCCUUCUAGGGUCAUGCCAUAAUAUAUGUAACCUCUUCUAGCCAAUGCUACUAGCAGCCUAACUAUUGCUCUUAAAAGGCCAAAGCUAGCUUUUUGGGAAAAGGCAAUUUAAAUCCUAAAAUGGUUAGAACUGGGAAAUUAUAAAUGUUUGCUGACAUUUGAUCACAUUGAAGACCUGAGGGUUAUUUUAGUCAAAAUAAACUGAAUAGUAAUACCUAUAUUGAUACAGGUAUAGUUAAAAUGCAUCUCAUGGAAUACCUUAAUCUGUGCCUACAGGAAUUCCCUUUUCUUUGGGUACCCGGGAUGAGCUCAUUAAAUACCUGACCAUGGUGAUCUUCACAUGUUCUGGGCAACAUGCUGCUGUCAACAGUGGCCAGGUGAGUGAUUAAAAUGUGCAGACUUCUGGAAUAUGUUGGGCAUAGUGAAAACAGUGUUUGGGGAUUGAAUAGUGACACGGCAUUAGUUUCUCAUUGCUCAGUUCUCCUUUAUUACAUACAACCUUCUGUAAGGAGUCAUAUUGUCUGCCACUUGCCUGGAUCAGCCAAGUUCCUGUGAAUUUUUUUCAGCUAACUCUCAACACUCCAAAAGUCUCCCUACAUGUAUCUAAAGCAGCAUGAUACCUUGAAUCAAGGAGACAAACUGUAAACCAUGAUUACCAAUUUCCCCCUCCACCCCACAAGCAAUGGGACCACAGGUCUCCUGGCCCACUGUAGGAGCUGUGGUUUUGGUAGUGCUUCUUUAAUGGUAUAAAUGUCUUGGCAAUUCUGUAUCAUUUAAAGUUGCUAGGGCACACAUAUUGCACUCAUUUAAUGCUGGGAGGUUCUAAGGUGCCUUGUGAAAUGCAUGUUUAGUGGCUCACAAUGUAGCAUUGGCUGUCACAAUUUCACAUUGAGUCAUGGUACUUUCAACAAAACUGGUGAAUCUGUACAUGCAAGGAGCACUAACCUGCUACAGAGCAUACUAUACUGUGUAUUUAAUGGCCACUAGCUUUGCAUGACUAUCCUGUCACUCUAUUGUGUAUUUCCAAACCAUGACUCUGUAAAUCUCAGCAGGAUCAUCCCUGUUAUAAAGUACAACGAUUUUGGCUAAACUGAAUGAUCAACUUUACUUUGUCCAGAUGGAAUAGCACUCAACAUUUAAGAUGGCAGUCUAUCUACUUCUAAUUUCAAAGGCAAAUGUCAUGUUGCAGUAGGAUGACGUGCUGCUUCUUCCACUGCUCAUGUAUGUUGUCUUAAUGUCUUUCAAACAUGUAGUACUCCCCUACACUUGUCUUAUUGAAGUUUAAACCUAAAGACUGUAGAUUGGUGCAGCAAUCUUGUAUUUUCAAGUGGCUAAAAUGCAUAUUAAAUAUUCUAUAAUCUGCUACUUGUGACUUUCUCCCCAUAACAGUUUGACUUUUAUGGUUGGAUGCCCAAUGGUCCCUCAUCUAUGAGGAAGCCACCUCCUUCCAGGAAAGGGGCAACUUAUCAAACCAUCUUGGAUACCUUACCUGAAGUCAAUACAACUACCCUGGCCAUGGCUACUGUGUGGCUGCUCAGCAAUGAACCAGAGGACAAGGUGGGUAUUCUGAAUCAUCACUCUCAUGGCUUAUCUGGAUGGGUUUCAUGAAAUCUCUUCUCCAGGGUUUCCCAUGCAUAGGGUGGGAAGCAAAGAGCUGGAUGUAACUGACACUUCUAGUUAAAAUGCUUUCAUAUUAACUUGUGAAAACCUGUCAAAUCCCAAUCCCUUAAUAUUACUUGGCUUCACCAACCAGGCUUCAGCAAACCUGUGGAAGGACAAUCGCACACCCUGCUGUGCUCCAUCCUAAACUAUAUGCCAGGAUGAAUUUACAAAACCCUAAAUUUCAAUAUACGACUUAAAGAUUUCUUAACCCUGCAGUAUUCUCAGAACUCUCUCCUGAGGAACAGCACCCAUUAACUGGUAAGCAGUUUGCUCUAUGGCGUGCCAUGGGAUUCAGGUAGCAAUAAAUUGCAGAGAAAACAACCCAAAAGGAAAUCAAUAAAAGCCCCUUAAAUGCAGCGCCUAUCCCAAGUGGUGAAAAGACCACGCACUACACCAAAACAAUUCAUGUAUAAUUGUCUACCUUCAAAGACUGGAAGUGAGUCUAUUGUACUUGGCCUUUCUUUUGUGCUUCAUGUUUAACCUCUGCAUGUGUGGUGUCCACUGUCUUACAAGAUGGCAAUAGAAACUGCACCCAAUCCACACAAGCCAAAAGGUGCUAAACUAGACCAUGGGCCAGCACAAACCAAACUAUGGUGGACACAAGAGAAGAGGUCCAGGCUCUUUUAUUAGAAGAAAAGGAACACUUCAAUGUUUCAACUCAAGAUUGGGUCUCUGUCAAGCUUGACAGUAUUCCUUCUAUUCUAAUGUGCCUGGACCUCUUCUCUCUUACUGGUGUCAACUGUCUGACAUGUCUCUUAUCCAGAAUGGGAUCCAAAACUGCUAACUACGCUGUCUAGCAAAUCCGUCCUGCAUUGAUAACUGAGACCUAGUAGACAAACCUUAAUUCUAAUGGUAUCAGGAUUGUUCUUACAAGGGAUAGGCAACCUUCAGUGCUACAUCUCCAACCAACCCUUGUAGUCAACAUGAUAAUACAUAGAUUAUCCUAUAACCUCUACUCACUGUAACUAAAUCUACACACAGGCAUUCAUAUCUGCUUUAACUUACCUAGGCUAUCCUCUGACCCACAAACUACAUGUGGGGCCUCGUGACAAUGUAGAAAUCUUAAUUUGUUAUAUAGUACACCUCUGUAUCAAUAUCUGAGCAUAAACUUGCAUCUAUAGCAUAAUCCAAAAUUUCUCCCUUCCAGAGGCCUCUAGGAAACUACACCAAUGAGAGAUUCACAGAAGAGAAACCACAGCAACAUGUUAAGGAAUUCCAGCGUGAACUGGAUCAGAUCUCAAAGGACAUCAAGGCAAGGAACCAGAAUGUGAAGCUGCAGUACCUGUAUCUGGACCCAAAGCUUACUGAGAGCAGUGUCUCUAUUUAAUGGCAUCUAUACCAACAAGGCAGCAAACCCAACAUGACUGGCAGGCACUCU